GUUCGUUUUUCGUAACGACGCCGGCCAAUGGGACAGGGCGGCCUUGGUACGAGCGCUCGGCGGAACCCGCAAGGCAGGAGCAUCCAGUUCGUCUUGAGCCGGGUCCAGUGCCGCAUUGCCGAGAACAGCGCCUGUGGAAAGUGACCUCAGGUUCUCGUGGGAAGGAUAGCCGUACUCUAGCGUCAACAUGAGCCAAUUCUGGGUUCUCCUGGCUCUGGCUUCUCUGGUGGCCAUCGUCGGCGCGCAAGAGAUCUUAUGUCCACAGCACAGGCACCUUAAUGGAGAAAUCAACAAGUGCAAGGCACAGCUCCCAGACCUCAGCGGAAAGAAAGACAAGGUGGCCGCAUUGAGUUUGCGAUAUGGUCUCAUCUGUGCCCGCGAAGUAGACCCUGAUAUUGCUAUCCCAGACAUUAAAGAGCGUCGCUGUCGAAACGACGACCCUCAAGACUUCCCCAGAAAGUUCUACGCGUGCUGGAACAAGCUUCUUGAGACCGACGAACUCCUGACAAAGGUUGGAUUCAGCGGAGAGGACCUCGAGAAGUUCAAAGGAGCCAUCAAAUGUGCCAACGGAGUUCUGCAAAAGACCCUGGAGCCGUCUGAGUAAAUGAAGGGGUGUAUCACAAGAAAAAAAAAACUUUAUGAAACUUACAAAGCUUAUUUCACACCCCCCCCCCCUGUCAAGUUAAUAAAGUUGUUAAGCAUUUUUCUUUA